GGAGCGGCGGAGGAAGAGGAGGAGGAAGGCUGUAGUUCCUGAUCUUUUUGCCUCCUCUCCUUCUGAUUUCUCUCCUCUUCACUCCUGAGGACUGAAAUGAGGCGCCUGGGCUCCUCAGGAGGAGCAGCUGAUUGGGAAUCUGGCAGGAGGAAGGAGCUGCAGUGAGCUGCUGACAAGCCUCCAGCUCCACCAGCUAUGAGGGAAUCUCUUCAUUGCCGUCUUCUUUUUCCUCCUCAGGAUUGAUCUUUUUUUUUCUUUGUAUCUUCAGUUUCAGCUGAAGGUCAUCCUGGUGCGUCAUGAUAUCUUUUUAACUGCAUACAUCGGGGGUGUGCCUUUUGUCCCGCGCGCCUGUGUGUGUUGGUGCGUAUAUGACCGCUCCUGCCUCCUCUUCCUCCCCUCUCCCGCCUGUGGGAACCCGCUCCCUCCCUUUUUGUGCCCGAUGCUCAGGCUGCAAAGUUCAAUGCUGGAUCUAUAUUGCGGGCAGUAAACAUGCUGAGCGGCGUCCUGUUUCUGAGCAUCCUCACCGUCACCAGCUUGACACCGUCUGAAACGCAGAGCCGCAAAACUUCAGCCCUCAAAGACAUCUGCAAGACACGCUGCGACUGCGAGGAGCGGGAGAAUGUGCUGAACAUCAAUUGUGAGAAUAAGGGAUUUACCACGGUCAGCCAGCUGCAGGCUCCCCCCAACAAGAUCUCACAGCUCUUUCUGAACGCAAACUUCCUGUCAAGGCUCAGCGCCAACGAGUUCAUCAGCUAUGGCAACGUUACGUCUCUGCAUCUGGGAAAUAACGGCUUACAGGAAAUUCAGACUGGAGCGUUUAGUGGACUUCGCUUCCUCAAGCGCCUCCACCUGAACAAUAACAACCUGGAGGUGAUCAAAGAGGACACCUUUGCAGGGCUGGAGAGUUUGGAAUAUUUACAGGCAGACUACAACUACAUCAGCAGCAUAGAGCCUGGUGCUUUUAGCAAGCUGAACAAGCUCAAAGUGUUAAUCCUUAACGACAACCUGCUGCUGGCUCUGCCUCCAAACAUUUUCCGCUUUGUGCUCCUCACCCACCUGGAUUUACGUGGCAAUCGUCUGAAGAUGCUGCCAUUUGCUGGGGUGCUGGAGCACAUUGGCGGCAUCAUGGAGAUCCAGCUGGAGGAGAACCCGUGGAACUGCACCUGUGACCUGAUCCCCCUCAAGUCCUGGUUGGACACCAUCUCCGUCUUUGUAGGGGACAUCGUGUGUGAGACGCCGUUCAGGCUCCACGGGAAGGACAUCACUCAGCUCAUCAAGCAGGACCUGUGCCCCCGCAGGAACGCUGGGGAACGGGCGCAGACAGCCUCAGACUCUCACUUCCAAGGGGCCCCACACCCCACCUACCACGCUGGUGUCGUCAGCCCCACCCGCUCUCCUAAAGCAUCCCGGCCCCCCAAAAUGCGCUACAGGCCCACUCCCCGCCUCUCGAAAGACAGAAACGUCUUUGGACCCAUAAUGGUCUACCAAACCCGUUCUCCUGUCCCCAUGCUGUGUCCCAGUGUGUGUGUUUGCACAUCACAAAACCCUGACAGUGGACUGAACAUCAACUGUCAAGAAAGAAAGCUACAGAACAUCAGUGAACUAACCCCCAAGCCCACCUACCCCAGGAAGCUCCACCUGACUGGGAACUACCUGCAGGUGAUCUACAGACUGGAUCUGACUGAGUACAGCUCCCUGGAGCUGCUGCAUUUAGGGAACAACCGAAUCGCAGUGAUUCAGGAUGGAGCCUUUGAGAACCUGACCAACCUCAGGCGCCUCUACCUGAAUGGGAACUACAUCGAGUCUCUGUCGCAGUCCCUGUUUGCUGGUCUGCAGUCCCUGCAGUAUCUUUAUCUGGAAUAUAACAUCAUAAAAGAAAUUCUACCACAGACAUUUAACUCUCUGCACAACCUGCAGCUGCUUUUCCUUAACAACAACCUGCUGAGAUCUCUCCCUCACAAUGUCUUUGCGGGCACCAUGCUCACCCGACUCAACCUGAGGAACAAUCACUUCUCUUACCUUCCGGUUGAAGGUGUUCUGGACCACCUGUCGGCGUUCAUCCAGAUCGACCUGCAGGAGAAUCCCUGGGACUGCACCUGCAACAUUGUGGCCCUAAAAAACUGGAUGGAGCUGUCUAGCACCAGCGUGGUGGUCAAUGAAAUAACCUGUGACUCUCCGUCUAAGCACGCAGGGCGGCUGCUGCGCUCACUCCGCAACGAGGCCAUCUGCCCCGAGCCCAGUGAGCCCCCUCCUCCACAGCUGCCCCCUCCCACAAAGGCCCCAACAGUGAUAAGUCCCACUGAGGCCACCACCCCACUUUCUCCGUCCCCCUCCCCUUUUUUCAGCUCAGUGAGCCCCACAGAUUCCCACCUCCAGGCCCCAGAGCUGCACCCGGAGGUGCCCCUCUCAGUCCUGAUCCUCGGCCUUCUUGUGGUCUUCAUCCUGUCCGUGUGCUUCGGUGCAGGCCUCUUUGUUUUCGUCCUGAAGCGACGCAAAGGGGUAGAGCAUGUCCCAACAGGGGCCAACAAUCUGGAUCUCAACUCUUUCCAAGUGCAGUACGGCUCCUACACCCCAGAGCCAAUACAUGACAAAAGCUCGGAGAGCCACGUGUACAACUACAUCCCCCCACCUGUGGGCUCCAUGUGCCAAAACCCCAUUUACAUGCAGAAGGACGGUGAGCAGGUGGCCUAUUACCGAAACCUGAAGGAGCUCAGCUUUGGGCCCCUGGACGUAAAAAAGGGGGACAUCCUAAGCCGCAGCCCAGGAGCCUACACAAUCAGCAGUGUGGAUUUUAUGGAGAAAUCCCCAACGUGUGGCCUGGCCAGCCAGGAGCCUCCAGAGAUGCUCUACCAGAACAUUGGUGAGAGGCCUAACAAGGAGCUCCCUGCAGCAGCAGGCGCCCCCCCCUUCACCUACAACUUCUGCACGCUGCCUAAGAGACCCUGCAUCGUGCCCCCCUACGAGGCCGCCACGGCCCGGAGACACGUGACCAACCAGGACAGGUUGAACAAAACUGUGCUGUAUGGCACUCCCAGGAAAUACUUUGGACCCGAACACGUCUCCAAAAACAACGAGCACCCCUCACUACUGCUGCCUUGCAAACUAAAAGCCGAGCCGGACUACCUGGAGGUGCUGGAGAAACAGACUGCCAUGAGCCAGCUGUAAGGCAGGGACAACCUGAUGCUGCCCGGGCAGCCCCCCCACCCCCAUAUAUCUACCUUAUCUAAUGGUGUUCGUCCCACCUGAAGGACUGGAGCUGAACUAAAGCUCUUCAUCGCUUUUCUCCUUUUCUGUUCUUCUUUUCCAGCUGUAUAAAGGGAAUAUAAGAAGUAUAUUAUUAUGCAGUUCUAUUUUCAUCCUGAAAAAAUAUAAAUUAUUUGGCUUUAUUUCUUAAAGAUAAAUAUUCUGAAGGACUUGGAGAACGGAAGGUAUGUAAAGGACAGAACUGUGUAACGUGUGCUUUCAGUCAUCUGAUCAUGUCCAGGCGGAGAGCAUCCUCAGUGUUUGUAGGAGUGACGCUGCAGACGGACAUUCCUGUACAUAUGUAGCCGACACAGACAGAGCUGAGUAGUCAGACAUCAAGCUAAAGCGAUCUCAAAAAUCCAACAAGCGGCAAAUCUUAACAUUAUCCAGAAAGUGCCUUUGCACUCAUCUAUUUUAUCAAGGAUGCUCUCUGAAAAAUGAAAAUGUCCUUUUUUCAAAGUGGUGUAUUUUAAUGAAACAAAUCUUUAUGUAUAAUAGAGGAUUUAUUUGUCCAUUUUAAAAAAGAUGUGAAAAUGAACUAAGGGUGGGUGUGAAUUUAGAUCCCAGUGAAGGAAAGCCAUGUUAUUUUUGCUUUGGUUAUGGGAUGUCUCUGGAAAUGUACUGCUGACAGAACAUUGUACGCUGUAGAGGAGCAAUACGGUGCGGCGAGAUUGGGCCAUUAAAUUUUCACUGAAGCACUUUGUCAAGAC